AUGGGGAACCGAGAAUCGAAUGCGACAGUGUUGGAUACUGGCACAGUUCCACUACCACCUGCUAAUUCAUCGAUAUUUAGCCUAUCUGUUAGCGAGUUGUAUCUCGCUUGCCGUGCAAAUAAAAUUGACGUUGUGAAACAAUUGCUUAAAACAGCGUCACUAUCAGACAUAAAUAGACUGGAACCAGAGCCAAUUUGCAGUACCUCACUUCAUGUUGCUGCCUACUAUGGCCAUUAUGAAAUCGUCAAAUUACUUCUGGACAAAGGUGCUAUCCGAUCACUCAAGAACAAACAUAAUUUGACACCCUGUGAAGAAGCACAAACACUUGAGAUUAAACAAUUAUUUAAACGCACAGGUGGAAACAAUCGUUUUGGUGGGUAUUCGGGAUCAGUUGAAUGGAAUAUUAUCGAUCCGGUUGCAAGCAAAAAUGUCAAUAAAUAUAAGAAAAAAGAAGAAAAAUGGUUCAAAGAUGUAUGCAUAGCCGAUAACCGAUUAUAUUUGUCUGAUAUUAAACGUUAUUUAAAGACGAAACUUGAUUACAUAUCCGGUAUGGAUAUAAUCAAAUUUUUUAUGGAUGAAGCAGCAAGACAAAAUGAUGUUACCCUUGUGCUAAAAGCAUACACUGCACAAACAGGAUUUUAUGAAGCAUUAAACCGAGAAUUAGCAACACUGAAUACGAUCAACUAUUCGAGUGAUGAUGAUCAAAUACGCGAUGAAUAUUUCCGUUAUUGGCAUGGACCAGGUGGUUAUGCAGCAAUGAUUGCACAUCAUCCAAAAUUUAAGAGUUAUUCAUUCAUUGGUAAAACGUAUCGAGGAAUGAUAUUGUUAGAAGAAGAUAUUGCACAAUAUAAAAAGAAAACUCUACUUAUUAAUAAAUCAUUUUUGUCUACAUCAAAAGAACGUGAAAAUGCUAAAUUUUUUGCACUUCAAGAUCAAUUACGUCAAAAUUCAACGGGAAAACUAAUUAAAUAUCCAACCCUCUGUACAUACAUUAUAAGGAACAGUCAAACAGCUUUAGAUAUUGAACAAAUAUCAGAAUAUUCAGACGAAAAAGAAGUGUUGAUAACACCUCGUGCAGCAUUUCAAGUUGUUAAACUAAAAAAACGGGAAUUUAAAGUCGGUGAAAUAGUGGUCAACAUUAAACUAAGAGAAUGUGAUACACUAAUCUACGACGCUGCUGAUACGAGUGAAUCCAGUGAGGAUGGUGGGCAUUAA